CAGAAAGUUGGUAAAUGUGUAAAUCGAUUAUCAUAUUAUUUCAAGAAUGAGUGUGUGUUUUCACAUGCGUGUUCGCGUGUGUAUGAAGUUUGCGUUAUCAGAUUAGUUGUGUUUCAUUUUUUGUAUAAACAUGAUAACUGUAAAUAAAAAUAAGUGACAAAGUUAUUAGUAUAAAAGUGUUUGAAAAUUCCAAAUUGUUUAUAAUCACAUUUUAUACGAGAUUAUGACAUCGCACAACUACUUUUGUUCAGUUUUAUUCUGUUUAAUAUUUCUCAAUUAUGAAAUUGAGGCUAAUCGACACAAGUAUAUGCAUCAGCCUCUUUCAUCGGAAUUAAUACACUUCAUUAACUAUGAGGCUAAUACAACCUGGAAAGCUGCACCAAGUACUCGAUUCAAAAGUGUAUCAGAUAUUCGUAGAAUGUUAGGUGCACUGCCAGAUCCAAAUGGUGGAUAUCUGCCCACAUUAUGCACUGGUUACACACCUAGCCUUGAUGAAUUGCCGAAAGAAUUUGAUGCAAGAAAACAUUGGCCUCAUUGUCCUUCAAUAUCUGAAAUACGUGAUCAGUCAUCAUGUGGUUCUUGUUGGGCUUUCGGUGCAGUUGAAGCUAUGUCGGAUCGUAUUUGCAUUGAAUCAAAAGGACUGCAUAAACCAUUUUUAAGUGCAGAAAAUUUAGUAGCUUGUUGUUCCAGUUGUGGUAUGGGUUGUAAUGGGGGGUUCCCGCAUUCAGCUUGGUCAUAUUGGAAACGUUCAGGCAUAGUAACUGGUGAUUUAUACAAUACAACAGAUGGUUGUCAACCGUAUGAAUUUCCACCCUGUGAACAUCAUGUUGUUGGUCCAAGACCAUCAUGUGAAGGUGAUGUUGAAACACCGAAAUGUAAAACAACAUGUCAACCAGGAUAUAAUAUACCUUAUAAUAAGGAUAAAUGGUAUGGCAAAACGGUUUAUCGUGUUCAUUCCAACCAAGAAGCUAUUAUGAAAGAAGUUAUGGAUCAUGGACCAGUGGAAGUUGAUUUUGAAGUGUAUGCUGAUUUUCCAAAUUAUAAGUCUGGCGUUUAUCAGCAUGUAAGUGGUGGUUUACUCGGUGGACAUGCUGUCCGCUUACUUGGUUGGGGUGAAGAGAACGGUGUACCGUAUUGGUUGAUAGCUAAUUCAUGGAAUAGCGAUUGGGGUGAUAAUGGUUACUUUAAGAUUAUUCGUGGAAGAAAUGAAUGUGGUAUUGAAAGUGAUGUCAAUGCUGGAAUUCCAAAACUUAAAUAAAUUUGUUGCAUGAUCAGUCUUGAAAAAUAUCUUUCUUUUCUGUUGACAUUAUUAAUCUCUUAUCAUUAAGUUCUUUAUUCAUCAUUCAAUGAUUAAUGACUGUUGAAAAUUAUGUACAAUUAAAUUAUUGUGUCUUGGUAAAUACUUCAUGCAUUUCCAGAAGUAUACUGUUCACUAUUUAAACCUCAACAAAUCGUUGACAUUCCUAUAAUUAUUUAUUGAACAACUUCUUAAAAAAUAGAGUUUCAUUCAUCAUGA